GGAAACACUCAGACAGAACAAAUGAGCAGCCGUGGCUCUGCUCCGCUACAGACGCUGAUAUCGGCACACCGGCAAGAGCUCAGAUUACAGCCGGAGAGGAUCACUGCGCUCUGAGACACAGCCCAGGACUGACACUUUUUCUCAAGUGGGAUCUCCAAACCCAAAAACUACUGAGGUGUGUUUUUGUAGCUUUCGUGGACGCAGAUUUCUCCACAUGCACAGAUCAUGGAUUCACUCUUGACAGCAGCGAUGCAUGGAGAUCCGGACACCGCAGAUUUGGACGCGUGAUGACCAUGGAGAGCAUGUUUAUCGGUAAUGCUUGUCAGAGUGGCCUCGUGCCAGCGCUGGUUCGAGCUCCUCUUCCCGCUGUGCCCCCCUCUCUGGGCAUGAAGCACUUUGUCCCCUUCGCUCUGAAUGGCGGCUCUGCGCUCAGCCUCAUUCCCAGCUUCAGCAGUAUGAAUGCAGUUCAGAAAGCUGUUUUGCAUCACAAGAUCAGUGCUUCGGCCCCCUCCAAAAGAAAAGCAAUGCCGUGUGGCGUUUGCCAGCUGAGGUUUAACUCGCAGAGACAGGCUUUGGCCCACUACAAAGGCACCAAACACGCCAAGAAGCUCAAAUCCUUGGAUGCCCCCAAAUGCCUGAAACACAAGAACUCCUCGGCAAGCAGGGAAAACACCAACAGGGAGCUUCCUAAAGGCCUUGUGCCCUCACCCGUGGCCUACAGUGAGGACAGAAAAGGUGAAGGUCUCGUGGCUCCUCCGUCACCCUCUUCAGCCCCAGUGUCUGGCCCCAGCACUGACUCCACAGAGUCUGCUUCAGUAUCAGGAGAAGAAGACGGUUCCUCCUGCACGCCCGUCCCACCUGAAUCAGAGGAGAACCACAGCGGGAUGAGUCCAGAGCCUGAGACGGAGGAUGAGAAAGCCCUGCGUCUGCUCUACUGCUCCCUCUGUAAAGUGGCAGUGAACUCUGUGUCACAGCUGGACGCGCAUAACAGCGGCACCAAACACAAAACCAUGCUGGAGGCUCGAAGCGGCAACGGCUCCAUCAAAUCCUUCCCCAGGACCGGGCAGAAGAGCAAACUCCCCACCGAUGCCUCCAAAACAGCAGACACGGGCCUGCAGAACAAGACAUUUCACUGUGAAACCUGCGACGUGCGCGUCAAUUCAGAAACGCAGCUCAAACAGCACAUCAGCAGCCGACGCCAUAAAGACAGAGCUGCAGGAAAACCAGCCAAACCCAAGUUCAGUCCCUACACCAAAACCCAGAGAGGAGCCAGCAAACAGACAGUGAAGAUGCCGGUUGGUAAAGAUCUGUGCCCUCCUCUGACCACCAGAAUAAUGCCAUCCCACCUGGCAGCUGUUGCGGCAGCAGCCGCCUCCAUUGGCUCCGCCUUCCCGCUGCGUGCCUGUCAUAACCCCGCUCUAUUUCAGACUCAGUCCCUCCCUGCCACGCUGCUCCGCCCUGCUCCAGGGCCAAUCAGAACUGCCCACACGCCUGUGCUCUUUGCCCCCUACUGACCUUCGAACUAUGACUUUCACCUCUAAAGCGCCAUAUCGCAAUAAUUUAAAAACAAGACUGAAACCAGGUAACUAUGCAUCGUCAUUUUUAUGAGACACAUGUGUGAUGUUAAGAUAUAAAUGUGGAUUUUGGAUUUUUUUUUUUGGUAUGGAAACCAUUCAUCAUCAUCAUCAUCAUCAUCGCCGCUUACAAGCACAGGAUUGACUUGUAAAUUUAAGGUGAGUUCGGGAACACAGAGGUGUUAAUUAUGGGGUGAAUGGAAAGUGUGUUUCUCUGCUGUUUUGCACUUUAAGCCGUUCUGUUGUUGUUUUCGGUGUUUUAGAUUUAGACUAGAUCUCUUUCUGUUUUUCAGCAGUUAUUGUACUGUAACCAGGUCAUCAGGGCUUAAUUUCACAAUGGACCCUUUUCACAUUCCUGUGAUUCUCCAUAGAGUAUGUUUCUGAAUGAAUAUGAUCUAUUUUAGACUAGAGUUUGCUCUAGUAGCAAAAAUCCAUCAAACCUUUUCAGUGACUUUACAUGAGAGGAAAGACAGCUGAAAGACAUCUCUCAGCGUUUGUAGUCAAUGCCAAUAACAGUGUUCAGCAUAACUGAGUUCACCUCAUUUUGAAAAUGAACGUUUUUAUGGAUCUCUCAGUGAAUAUAGGCAAUAACUUUUGGUGGAUUCAAAGAAGAGUUAUAUUAAACAAUUAUAUUUGUUCAAAUUCAUUAAAACUUUGAGAAAAGAAAGAUAAUAUAUAUCGAUUAAAAUGAGUGGUUGCAAAAAAAUUAAUACAAAAUUUCAACAAAAUUUGAUCGUUUUUUAGUUACCUUGAUUUUUCAGAUUUAUAAUUUCUAUUUAAUAUUUUUCCCUAACAUAUUAAUUUGAGACUACUAAUUUUAGGAGUUUUCCAGUUUUGGCUUUGCUUUGGUAAUUAAUAAUCUAAUGUAUAUGUACCAAUAAAU